CGCGUCGAGAACGCAACGUACACCGUGUUCCGUGUUCCGAAUUCCGAGCUGAAAAUCAAGCGUGCUCCGAGGGAAUUCCUCUAGAAUCUGCAUCGGUAUCAGCAUCGACAUCGGCAUCUGCAUCUGCUGCACCAAUUGCCACUGGCCAGGCCCAGACAGGUGGAUCGCUCAGGCGUGGCAAUUUGCGAAGCGAGUGCUCUGACAAGGCAUUUAAUAAUGUAAGACUGCCCGGUCUCUGUCCUGGAACUAAGACUUGCCGUUCUGUAAUUACACACGAGUUGGGGAGCCAGAAGCCAGAAGGAACCAGGCCAGAAGUCAAGCGUCAGCAGUCAACAGUCAGGGGCCAGGAGCCAAGACGAAAGGACCAACAAGUUGCCAACCCAGCCCAACUCCUCGAUUCCAUUCAAUUCUCGACUGCCCGGCACUCCGGCAGCCCGGACGUGAAAAGCAACAAAACGGCAGCCGUGGAUUCGAACACGCGGCGCAGCUCAGCCACUGUGAAAGCGACGUCGGCGCCCCCAAAGCCGCCCACCACGUCGCUGACAAUUUGCCAACCGCCCCCGCCCACCCCGCCCUACCAGCGGCUAACCAAAGCGCUGCAAUGCGAUCCGCGCUGCGGCCACGAGGUAACCAUCGGCCGACGCAUCGGCCUCUACAGAUUUUGUGGCGACAUCGGACGCGGCAACUUCUCGAAAGUCAAGCUCGCCGUCCACCAACUCACGCGUGACAAAGUGGCCAUUAAGGUGGUGGACCUGGACCGUGCCGGUCUGGAUGCCAAGGCGCUUCGCAUGCUGUCCAGUGAAAUAGCCACACUCGAGUGUGUUCAUCAUCCCAAUAUACUGACGCUUUUUGAGGUGGUUGAGACAUUGGGGAGGGUUUAUCUGGUCACCGAGUGGAUACGCGGCGGAGAGCUGUACAACCACAUUACCCAAGGUGGACCACUGAGGGAGAUUCAUGCGGCUCCUUUGUUUAAACAGCUACUUCUGGCUGUUAAACAUAUGCACAGUCUAGGCUAUGUUCAUCGGGACAUCAAGGCCGAAAAUGUUCUACUCCUCUCAGAAGAUCGCCUGAAGCUAGCCGAUUUCGGUUUCAGUACACAACUUAUCAAUGGUGCCAAUCAGAAGCUCGACACUUUUUGCGGCUCGCCUCCGUACGCCGCGCCGGAACUCUUCUCCGACGACCAUUACAUUGGAGCGCCGGUGGAUGUAUGGGCACUGGGCAUUUUGCUGUAUUUCAUGGUGGUUGGAAACAUGCCGUUCCGAGCCCCCACCAUUCCCGGCCUCAAAGCAGCCAUUCUCAAGGGCGAUUACCUGCUGCCCGGCCAGCUAAGUUUGCCCUGCAUAAGACUUAUACAACGCAUCUUGAUUCACAUACCCGCCCAGAGGCCCACCAUCGACGACAUGCUGAACAGCCAGUUCGUGACCUGCCCCAAGCUGAGCGCCGACCUGAUGCAGUGGGAGAUCAACCAGCACAGCAAGCCCGCCAAGCGCUCCAUCUUCUGGGUGCGGAGCAAGUCGCAUCGCCUGAGGAAGACCGCCUCGCUGAGGGAUCGGUACGCCGAGGUGGUGAAGAAGCCAGCCAUAAGUAUGAACACACGCCAGCAGGACGAGAUGUUUGUCCAGAAUUUCCUCCAACCAAUUGAGCUCAGUCACGAGCUCAUGCUCCAGGGAUCCGGUCAGUUGAAGGACACAGCCCAGCAGUCAGCGGAGCAGGCCAAGCGACCCAACAGACGCUAUUUACUAUGCGGGAGUCUCAAGAAGAAGGUCACACCCAUGGAAACGGAGCCGGAGAAACAGUUGCCCAACGGCGGCACGGCCAAGAUUAAUCCGUGGAACGUGGAGGUGGCCGACGACUGUCCACUUUUCAAGAACUAUGAUGCGGAGACGGGCAGCUGCAUUAUGUUGCCCACAAACACGGAGGAUCUCAGUCAGCUGGGCGCCCUGGAAUUCGAGGCGCGACAAAUUCUGGCAGAGUUCGGCCUCACAUCCGAAAUGCUCAUCAACUCGAGGCAGAGUGGACCCCGCUCCGACAUCAUUGGCGCCUACCGGAUUGUGGUCAACCGACUGCAGAAGCAAUCCUGGCUGGCACGCAAGCACGUGGAGAUGGCCCUGCACAUGGAGCCCAAGGCGGAGAAGCGAGUCGAGCGCUCGUGUUGCAUACUUUAAGUGAAUUAGUCUUUCAGGAUCCGGUUCCAAGUCCGCGGAUAGUUGUUGAAUGUUUAUAUUACUCACCUGGUUCUAGCGGGUCCUUGGGUAUCCCUUGGGAAGGAAAGGCAACCUUUGGAUUCUAGAGGCUCCUCAAAAAUUCGAGCUCUCAAAAUUAUAUUUAUUUUUGAACUGGGC